CCAACAUCCGAGAGGUCAACUGUAAAUAUGAUGCCAACAUGAACACACUCUAAGGCCCCCAACUCCUGUUUUUAACAGAAUUAUAGCACAGCCCACUACAAGCCACAGUCAAACGCUCCAAUCUUGGCUUUGGACGGGUCAUUCUUCUAGGAAUAGCGCCCACGCGGGUAAAUCUCCACCCCCACAAACCUAGGAGAUCGGCGUCGCUAGUAUCACGCAGCGACGUCACAAGUCCAAGACCUUAAACAAAGCACGUCGCAGCCUCUAUAAACAAUUUCCUGCACUAUUGAUUUGAUCUUCAUAUGUAUGAGGUCACGUAUAUUAAAGCCAAGACCUGAGCUGCCGGUAAGUCCUUAACACACGCGCUUUCCUCCUGUGACUGAGACCCUGGACCUUCUAUUCUCUUGUAAUCCAUGGGACCGCCUCCUCGAGAGUUAGGUACCUUAAACAUAAAUCAUUGUCUCGCUGCCUGUUUUUUUGCACUUUCACGCCCUGAAACCUGACCUAGACAUCCACGAGACCUUGCGGCUCCUGAUACAGCCUCGCUGCUCCUAGGACUCAUACAGCACGAGACCUCAUUUGCCUCCCCAAGGCAACUCAUCCUAUAGUAUAUAUCUUUAGCUCGUUAUCGUAUUCCAAGAUGGCGGACAAACUAGACUUUGAUCCAAGCGCUUUCGCAGCCGAUAUGCAACUGCGCACUCGAAAGACCCGAAACUUUGACAAGAUCGAGCACGAUCUGCCCGAUCCCAAAUCCGCUGCUUUUCAAAAGACACAAGCUGCUGCUCUCUCAGCACCUGUCAAUGUCUCAGCCUGGCUCUCACGCUUUGCACAAUGGAACCCCUUCGGAAAAGCCGUCGAUGCUGGCGAUAUAGUGUGGUUGAUGGAUAACACGGCGUACCGAAACCCCGAGACCGACCAGUGGGAGGCCGAGUUUGUCGCUGCAGUAUUCGAGAACGAGCCUAAGUGUCGCGUGGCGGAUAUAGUGUCUGGAGUUGCUUCAACGUUGGGGUUGGCGGACGAUGCGGCCGAACGCGAUGUUAUCGAGAAGAGAAUCAUCCCGUUCCUCUGGGAUAUUCAAGCAGCGAGAGUUUUCUGGAUCGAGCAUAAGAAGAAGGAGAUUAAGUUGGGACCGACGAGUAUUAAUGGUAUUACCACGAGCGUUGAGCCUCUUCAUCACGCCCGUAAGGGGUCGGUAGUUGAUGCUACGGCGUUGGUAUCCCAAGGCACUCAAGGGCUUCAUGACAUGCAGACUUACUAUGCUGGACCUGAGGGUUGGGCCAUCAUAUCCGAUGUCGACGACACCAUCAAAGUCACCUUGACCAGCGAUCCACUAGGCAUCCUCAAGACCACCUUUGUCGACGAGCCAACACCGGUUCCUGGCAUGCCAGAGCUUUACUCAGAGCUUCAGACUCUUCUUCCUCGCGAUACUCCUUGGUUCUACCUCUCAGCAUCCCCGUACAACCUGUACCCUCUUCUUCGAGAAUUCCGAGAUCGCUACUUCCCGCAAGGCACAUUGAUACUCCGAGAUUCGAGCUGGCGUACCGUAGCUGGCUUGUUGUCGGCGCUGACAAUGGGAACUGAGGAGUACAAGGCAGAUCGCAUGAAGAAGAUUCACUCGUGGCUACCAAAAAGAAAACUCAUUCUCAUCGGCGACUCGACACAAUCCGAUCCCGAGGCAUAUGGCGAGAUCUAUCGAACGUUCCCAGGCUGGGUCAAGAUGAUACUCAUCCGCAAGGCCACAGAUGUCGCUGCUAUUGGCAUUGAAGAGAAGAACCAGCUGGAGAGAUUUGAAAAGGCAUUCAAGAACGUACCGGUUGAAGCAUGGCAUGUUUUUGAGGAACCGAGUGAGUGUAGGAACAUUGUUCGGGAUGUCGUUCGUAAGAGGAAUUGAGAGGUCAUCGUUUUCAUUAUUAGCAAUGGAAUUAUGCGAGGAAGAAUGAGAGUGUUGUAUAGCUGCACACAAUGCGCACUGGAUUAUCAUAGAGGGGCCAAACUGUUUCAUUGCUUGGGGGUUUGGUAUGGGCCAUGACAAAUGAUGCGUGUACAAUUUUGGAUCACUAGAUAGAUCCCUGUGAGGCCCUCAAGAUUCUUCAUGCUUGCAAGAGAAGUUCGGUUAAAUAAUUGAUAUACAAUUUGUCCCAAUCUUCAACAUCAGAUACUUCGGAGGGGGGAAAUAGAAAUCGGUUCGUCUUCGUCGCUCU